AUGGCAGGUAUUCCAAGGUCAAAGAGAAGGCGAGACGGCAGGUAUUCCAAAGUCAAAGAGACAGCGAGACGGUCGGUGUUCCGAAGUCAAAGAGAUAGCGAGACGGCAAGUAUUCCAAAGUCCAAGAGACAGCGAGACGGCAGGUAUUCCAAGGUCAAAGAGAAGGCGAGACGGCAGGUAUUAACAGGUCAAAGAUACAGUGAGACGGUCGGUGUUCCAAAGUCCAAGAGACAGCGAGACGGUCGGUGUUCCGAAGUCAAAGAGAUAACGAGAAGGCAGGUGUUCCGAAGUAAAAGAGACAACGAGAAGGCAGUCCAAGAGACAGCGAGACGGUCGGUGUUCCGAAGUCAAAGAUACAGCGAGACGGUUGGUGUUCCGAAGUUAACGAGACAACGAGAAGGCAGGUACUCCAAGGUCAAAGAGACAGCGAGAAGGCAGGUAUUCCAAAGUCCAAGAGACAACAGCGAGACGCAGGUAUUCCAAAGUCCAAGAGACAACGAGAAGGCAGGUAUUCCAAAGUCCAAGAGACAGCCAGACGGCAGGUAUUCCAAAGUCCAAGAGACAGCGAGACGGUUGGUGUUCCGAAGUCAAAGGGACAAUGAGACGGUAAGUAUUCUAAAGUCAAAGAGACAUCGAGAUGGCAGGUAUUCCAUGGUCAAAGAGAAGGCGAGACGGCAGGUAUUCCAAAAUCAAAGAGACAGCGAGACGGUCGGUGUUCCGAAAUCAAAGAGACAGCGAGACGGCAGGUAUUCCGAAGUCAAAGGGACAAUGAGACGGCAGUCCAAGAGACAGCGAGACGGCAGGUAUUCCAAGGUCAAAGAGAAGGCGAGACGGCAGGUAUUAACAGCUCAAAGAUACAGGGAGACGGCAUGUAUUCCAAAAUCAAAGAGACAGCGAGACGGUCGGUGUUCCGAAGUCAAAGAGACAGCGAGACGGCAGGUAUUCCGAAGUCAAAGGGACAAUGAGACGGCAGGUAUUCUAAAGUCAAAGAGACAUCGAGAUGACAGGUAUUCCAAGGUCAAAGGGAAGGCGAGACGGCAGGUAUUCCAAAGUCAAAGAUACAGUGAGACGGUCGGUGUUCCAAAGUCAAAGAGACAGCGAGUCGGCAGGUAUUCCAAGGUCAAAGAGAAGGCGAGACGGCAGGUAAUCCCAGGUCAAAGAUACAGUGAGACGGUCGGUGUUCCAAAGUCCAAGAGACAGCGAGACGGUCGGUGUUCCGAAGUCAAAGAUACAGCGAGACGGUUGGUGUUCCGAAGUCAAUGA